CGCAGUCACUGACAGUCAAGUCGACCGCUGUAGGUUAUCAUAUUCCUUUUUUGAGGUGACAUAAACAAGGUAAAGAAGGUAUUAAUGUGCAAUGAUCAACGAGAAAGGCCGACAUGUGCCAAAAGAAUAAAACGUUACCUGCUAGGUCAGGUCCGACUAACAUUUUUGAAAUGGUUAACCUGUAAUUUUAGCUUUUUUCAUUGUUUACGUGCGUGAUCUACAGCACUAUCUCACGCAUCUUGAUCCAAAGCGGCCGAAUUUUGAAAGGAAUUUUCAUUUUUGUACAGUAUUUUAAACAUAAUUUAAGAUUGGACAAACCCAGCCAACUGGAGUAAAAAAAGUUGCAGCUGAAAUUUGGUGAACAACAUCUUGGUGAAAGGUUUUUCUGUUUCAAAAGAGGGAAAAAUCGCAGAUUUCUUAAUCAUAUUUAUAAGUACGUAAGUCAAUAUAACAACAUGGCAGAGCACUCUAUUCCUCUUGACAUUCUUGACGACCUUAGCAGUCGAUUCAUCAUCAACGUGCCGGAGGAAGAAAGGAAAGACCUAGUCAGAAUUUGCUUUCAAAUAGAAUUGGCCCAUUGGUUUUAUCUGGACUUUUAUUGCACGGAACAAAAUCCAAAACUGAAACAAUGUAAUAUGAAAGAAUUUGCAACGCAUAUUUUCCAACAUAUUCCAUUCCUGAAAUCGCAUGUCCCCCACAUAGAGUCAGUCAUUGACCAAUGGAGAGAUUACAAGCAAAACGUACCGACUUAUGGAGCUAUAGUACUAAAUGAAGACCUGACCAAAGUUUUACUGGUUCAAAGUUACUGGGCUAAAAGUAGUUGGGGUUUCCCCAAGGGAAAAGUAAACGCAGAUGAAGAUCCAUCUCACUGUGCAGUCAGGGAAGUUUUAGAGGAGACAGGAUUUGAUAUAUCAAAUUUAAUAGAUAAAAAUGAAUACAUCGAGUCUGUGAUAAACGAUCAACUUGUCAGACUUUACAUUAUAUCAGGAGUUCAACAAGACACUAAGUUCCAGCCUAAAACGCGCAAGGAGAUAAAGAAUGUUGAGUGGUUCGCCCUGACUGAUUUACCGAACAAUAAAAAGGAUAUGACGCCUAAAGUGAAGACGGCGUUUGGACCAAAUGCCUUUUACAUGGUUGUCCCAUUUGUCAAGCGCAUGAAACGCUGGGUCCAAGAGAAGCAGCAACGAGAGAAAGGUGUAACUGCCACUAGGAGGCACAGACACAAAUCCCUUGGAGAUGUUGAAUCUAUUUCCAAAAGUAAACACCAGCAGCAAAUGAUUCCGCAAUCUGCACAGAACCCACAUCAAGCAAGUACAUCACCUGGUCGUAGUCGAAGAAGUACCAAUGACCCAAGAAAUACGCCAAUGAAAGGUGCGUUCAAGCGUAAUUUGUUUGGUGAACCAGGUGAAGAAUAUUCCCCUGCAAUGCUUGCUAAGCAAUUGAUCGACAGCCCUCAAGCUCAAAGAGAAACGUUCGGAAGCCCACAGAACACCGAAUUCUAUGAAGAAACAGCAAUGCGCCCUGUAUCCAAUCCUGGUAAACGUGGCGAUAAAUUUUAUUCCACUGGUAAUUCAAAAUCCCAGAGUUUCAGAGUUGACAAGACAGGCGAUAAAAUAUUUUCUCAAGAGUAUCAUAAUACGCAAGUGAAAGUAUCAGACGGAAAUAUAAAGUCACUUUUGUUCGGGGAUGCAGCUCGUAAAUUACCAAAUACAUAUGACACCCCACAAUUGAACUCGAAGUCGACUUCGUUAUCAUCGAGUGGUGGCGAUCGUAGUAAAAUCUUACCGCCAGUGCAAAGUCACGCGACUGAUAUGUCCUUGCAAUUCCGUGCCAAAGCUUGGACGCAUUUCAAGUUCGACAAAAGAGCAAUACUUAACUGCUUAUAAAGAAUUUUCUACUAUUAAGUAAUGACGAAAUUACGUAUUACGCAUCUGUGAUCUCAAUCGAAGUGAAAACGUGAAAAUAUAGCAUUUUCAUUAUUUUAUAGGUAUGUACACUGACGCUCACUAAUGCCUUCAUCUUCUGGUGUUAUAUAAAAACUGAACCAUGAUGUGACACUAUCAUGAUUGAUAAGUUGCAUUUGUUUUUUCAUUAAUUACCAUAAUUUAUAUAAAAUUAAUCAUAUUUCAGUUUAGAAUUAAUAUUAUGAAGAGAAAGAAUUCACUGAUUGUGCUAUAUGCUUGAUAUUUAUGGUAAAGAAUAUAUGGAAAUGAAGAAAAAGUAAUCGUAUGAUAACAUCCUACGAUUAAUGUGGUAGCAGUUGUAUAAAUGUUUAAAUAUGCCAGACGAUGUAAAUAAAGUUAUUGUUUCAUGUAAAAAUUUGUAGCGCUAAGGGAGAAAGUGUUACUCAAUCAUUUUAUAUUCUCAUUGAUUUUUUAUAUCAGUGAAAAUGAUGGUGUGUUUUAUACUGCCGCCCGUAGUGGCCAAGUGUUUUUUUUUUUUUUUUUACACUUGAACAUUAAAGAUUUGGGAUCAAUAUAAUUUAAAAGAAAUAAUUGUACCGAAACAAUACCUCUUCUCAGUGUGAGAACAGAAAAAAUUGAUUUUUACGCUAUCAGUCGUUAUAAUAGUUACAGAAACUCCAAAUACACAGUUAUUUAAUGACCCUACCAACAGGACCAUUCAAAAAGAUUGCUUCAUUUUGUGCCAUGGCGCAUUUUAGAUUGAUUAGUCUGUACUUUGAAAGAUAAUCCAGCCAUUCCUUGGACAAAGGACAUUUUUUAUUGUAUAAAUGGAAAGUAUGUAACACGUGCCUUUUGUGCCUAUAAUAAACAUCAUGCCUAAUUAGCAUGUUUCAAACCGGUAAAUCACUGAGAUAACUUUCAUUUGCUCUGCCUUUAAAUUGUUACAGACAAUAAAAUGGCUCUAAUAGUUUUAAGAAUUAUUAAUCUCUUAUGUAGGAUUCAAAUGAACUCUUUACUCAAAAUACCUACAUAUUUUGAUAAGCGUGAUUGUAAUAGACAUUGUAAAAAAAAUACUUAUUGCGUAGCUUUACAACUAAGUAGUAUCAUCUUUGUGUUUGCAUUACGACAUGCAUCGUUUCGGCGGUAUUAAUAGGACAGGCAGAUCAAUUUCGACUGCAAAAACCACCGUAAUGAUUUACUUAAAAAAAAACUUUCGGCAUAUUAUUUUAUUUGCAUUUUUUUUUUUUUUUUUUUUUUAUUCUUACACAGUAGGCAUUUAAAUUUUUUUUUAAUCUAAAUGAACAAACGAAACGUCUAACAAAAUCAACAGUUGAA